CGACCAUCAACCUCAAAAUUGCUCUCGCAUUCGCGGGGCACCGACAGUGGAAAAUAAGAUAUCAACACUACGGAUUCGCCUCCCUUGGCUCCAAAACUCAACUGUACCUACGGAACAUCCACGUGGACACUGGUGUACGAUUAUUGAACAUGAAGGGCUUUCCCAUCUGCUUCUGACAAAUCUACAUUUUCCCUUCUCGUCUCUUUUAGCUCUUUCUCUUGGCAUUCCAUCUCACCAAAAUCCGGACUUGGACUCUCUCACUCCAACUACCUAAAGAGACCUUGAACUCCUACACCCUCAUCCAUAACUCACAGAUCAUCAUUAAGAGCAAACCCUACUGCAUGGCUUUUCAGCUCUAUUCCGCAUACCGAACCUCUCUUUUCUCUCAGAUCUGCUACAAGUCGUCCAGGUAGCAGCACGGGUGGGCCACGUCAACCAACCAAAACACCAAAAGAUAUAUCUCCAAGUCUUGGCACUACAUUGCGUAUCGAUCGAUGGCCUCUUUCAACUACGAUGACUCCGACAGCCCCCGCGAUACUGAGCUCAGCUCCCUUGUAGCGAUUUACCCUGAGAUCCAGCAUCCUCGAUCAGACGACCCUUACGCCAUCGCCAUCGAUAUCCCCGUUAACCCCUCCAAGCCAGUUCUCGUCUACUUUCCCGCUGCUGCGGAUUCAAACCCGGACCCGAGGGCUCAAGGAACCCUUCAGCAGAACGGAGCCAGCCACGUCAAUGGAUCUGCGAGCGGAGGUCCUUUGAAUGGUACGGAUCGUGUUGGGGGAGCAGGCUCGGCCGAAGGCGCCGGCGCUGGAGCUGGGGCUCUUGAUCGUCACGAGGUAGCACACUUGCCUCCUGUUCAUCUGGAAAUCAUCUUCGGGCCCGACUACCCUGCCGAGAAACCGCCGGUCAUUACUAUCUCCGCGGAUCCCCCAUGGCUUUCGAAGGAUACCAUCAAGCGACUCGAGGACGAUGGGCCGCGGCUGUGGGAAGAAAUGGGUCGUGAUAUGGUUGGGUUCACGUACAUUGACCAUAUCCAGCAGGCAGCCGAGAACGUAUUUGAGCUUGUGGACGAAAAGGGAACCCUGGAGGUUGACCCGCAGCAUAGGAUUGCUAUUAUGGAUUAUGAUAUCCGGGCGCGUCGGGCGGCGUUUGAGAAGGAAACGUUCAACUGCAUGGUGUGCUUAGAUCCCAAGAAAGGCUCUGUCUGUCACAAGAUGAUCGAUUGUGGGCAUGUUUUCUGCGUGGAGUGUCUGCAAGACUAUUACAACAACGCCAUCAAAGAAGGCGAUCUCGCCUCUGUCCGCUGUCUAGCCCCCAACUGCACCAAGGAGCGCGAACAAGCAGCUGUCUCGUCUUCAGGGAACAAGAAGCGGAAGAAGCCCAAGACGUACAUCAGCCCGAGCGAACUUCUACAAAUCCCGCUUGACCCCGAGACCGUGAAGCGCUACGUUACUCUCAAGUACAAAACCGAGCUCGAGUCCGACAAAAACACAAUCUACUGCCCGCGCCAAUGGUGUAACGGAGCCGCUCGGUCCAAGAAGCACAAGAAGCCGCAAGGGCUAGAGCUGAACGAACACGAUGAGGACGAGGAAGAAGAGGAGGAAACCAGCGGUGUUUCUAAGCCCUACAACGCGACCGACCUCCUGGCCAUCUGCGAAGACUGCAACUUUGCCUUCUGCUCCCGCUGCCAUCAGUCCUGGCAUGGCGAGUUUGUCCGGUGCCAGGCACCCCGAAAGAAUGAAGAGCUCACAGCCGAGGAAAUCGCUUCACUCGAAUACAUGAAGUUGCACACCACUCCCUGCCCGACAUGUGCGGCACCUGCCCAGAAGACGCACGGCUGCAACCACAUGAUCUGCUACCGGUGCCAGACGCACUUCUGCUACCUCUGCUCAGCAUGGCUAGAUCCAGGUAAUCCCUAUCAACACUUCAACGAGAUGCCCGGCGGCAGGAUUACCGGGUGUUAUCAGCGCUUGUGGGAGUUGGAGCAGGGGGAUGGCGACGAUGUCGGCUUAGGAUUCGAAGGCGGUGCCGGUGCUGCUCCCCCAGGUGCUGGCCGUGCUGGUCCCGCAGCAGCAGCAGCCGCAGCCGACGCACCCGAAGCGCCUCCAGGGUUUGAGGGCCUACCGGAGCAACGGCUUAUGGAGCUGCUGAUGGCAGACAUGGGGGAGAGCGACGAUGAGGAGGACGAUUUCGGGGGCCCGCCUCCCUUUGGUGAUAGAGAGCUUGAUAGGCAACUUGCCCAACGUAUCGAAGCGGAAGCGCAGAACGGUGCAGGAAGAGGUGUCGGUGAAGUCGCGAUUGCGCGCGAAGGACCGCUCGUCCUAAGGAUAGACGGAGGCAGAGGAGGUGGAGGUCGCAAUCAGCCGGCAGCAGGUCGUGGCCGUGGAGGUGGUGCUGCUGGCGGUGCUGCUGCUGCUGCCCCCAAUGGCCCUGCCGCAGGUGGCGGACGUGGAGGACGAGGUCGGGGAGACAAUGCCCGAGGAGGACAAGGGGCAGGGGGGGCAAAUAUUCGGGGACAACAUCAGAAUCGAGGAGGUGCCCCGAACAACCGGCACAAUAACCGUAACAACCAUCCGAACCACAACGGCGUCGGUGCCGGUGCGGCCAGAGGAGGACGAAAUGGUGGUGGUGGUGUAGGAGGUGCGGUCAGGGGUAAUGUGGGAGGUAGGGCGAGGCCCAAUCCUAACGGUCCAAGAAUGGACUUUGAUAAUCCCGAUAAUGUACAGGUCAACGUGCCUGACGGCAUACGACUCGAUCCGCAGCAGGAGGCGUGGAUUAGGCAGUUUGUGCACCUGGCGCUGGAAGAUCAGGAGGACCUGCUUUUCGAUGAUGAUGACUGGUAGGUAGUCAGUCACCGUCAUUCGGCGGCCGAAAGGAAAGAUUUGUACAAGGUUCAUGAUUAGCAUCAACUACAGUUUGUACAGCGGAGUUGAACACAGUUAGUGGUGUUUCGUUGGCUUUCAUUAGCGGCAUAUGGGUACAUCGGAAAAUGAUAGAAUAUGGAUCAGCUACCCACUCUUUGUAUAUAUCCUGAUCCCAACAGGAGUUCUUGAGAAAUCAAAAUGAAAGCGCACAUAUGUAUUAGCAUUACCGAAUUCAUCAUCACCAUCAGAUGU